AUGCCGGACGAGCUCCCGAAGACUCUACCUCCAAGGCGCGAGGUAGAUCACAAGAUAGAGUUGGAGGUCAGAGACAAGCCACCCGCACAUGCACGUUACCACAUGGCUCCACCCAAGUUAGAGGAGCUAAGGAAACAGUUGAAGGAGCUCCUCGAGGCCGGUCACAUCCGUCCAUCGAAAUCACCUUAUGGCGCGCCAGUGUUGUUCCAGAAGAAGAAAGAUGAGUCAUUACGCUUAUGCAUCGACUAUCGGGCGCUCAAUAAGGUCACAAUCAAGAAUAAAUAUCCUAUACCGCUGAUUGCAGACUUAUUUGAUCGUCUUGGACAUACCAAGUUCAUCAGCGGUUACUCCACUAAAGCUGCCCCACUGACCCAGUUAUUAAAUAAGAAUAAGUCGUGGUUUUGGAACAAGAAGUGCCAAGGAGCAUUCGAAGGUCUCAAGGCCGCAGUAGGAGAGGAACCAUACAAGCUAGGAAGAGGCAAUGUCGUGGCUGACGCACUAAGUAGAAAGGCCGAGCUUACUGCCAUCACUACAUCUCACUGUGACAUUAAAGAUGCAAUCAAUAUUGGCAUGCAACACGAUUCGAAGGCUAAGAAGCUGAUGGAAUUGGCUGACCUGGGCAAAAACAAGCGCUUUUGGGUAGAAAACGGCUUCUUGCUCACUACCGGUCGAAGGGUUUAUGUACCCAAGUUUGGGUCUAUCAGGUGGCGCAUCAUAAAAGAAAGCCACGACACACCGUGGGCUGGGCAUCCAGGACAGUGA